AUGGGUAAGAAAAAGAGGACUCAGAUCUUUGUGCUCAAACCCUGGUGCUGGUAUUGCGAAAGGGAGUUUGAGGAUGAUAAGGUCCAAGCACUUCAAGUGUCAGCUCUGUCCAAGAAAACUGAACUCAACAAGUACACAAAUGCGAGCCUGAACCGUGAGUUAUCUCAGUUCAAGAUACGAGCUGACUUCAGAUUGACCAAUACUCUACCUGGGCGGGAUGGUUAUGACAUCGAAAUAUUCGGUAUGGAAGGUGUUCCAGCCAAUGCUGUAGCGGAAUGGAAAGCUAGGAAAGAAACGGAAGCAGGUAGUGCUGCUAUGGCAGCAGCUGCUGCUGCUCUACGACCCAGGCAAUCUUACAAUGUCAUCCCAGAAGCGGACCUUUUGGCAGCUUUAGAGCAACACAAGAAGCUGAUGGCGGCGCGGAAUAAUCCUGCUCCUGUAGCCCCUAUGAUGCCUUUCGGCAGCGCACCACCGUUCCCGCCUGGUCCACCACCGGGUUUCCGACCUCCAUUCCCCCCGGCGGGUAUACCUCCGUUCCCUCCUGCUAACAACUCGCCGAUCACCUUCGGCUCGCCUGCUCCUGGGCUUCCUGCUAUGCCUCCUACGACAUUCGUUCCUCAAGCGGCAACUCCCGUGCUCGUCAGACCUGUCGAAGUCUUGCCGCCAAAAGACGGCGUUAUGUGGCCAGAUGCUGCAGCAUCACCUGCCGAGAAACGAGCGCAACAACCUCGAUAUCGGUAUGUUUCACCGACACCGGAAGGGGGAGAAGCUGAAGAAGGUAGUAUUGCCAAUAAGAAAAGGAAAGCGGCAGCAGAUUUCUUGUAA